GAAAGCGUGUACGCGUACGCGAGGGUGUUCCCUUCUCCAUCUCCUCCUUCAUCUCCCUGUCUCUUUCUUAGGCCUCUUUCGCUUUGACUUGCCGUUUGCCAUGUCAGCCUCUACUGACAGCGGCUCUUUCAUUUUCGUGGAUGAUCGUGACACCUCCUCCAUAAAUUAUGAGACCCCUAGUCUGUGGUUCGCUACGUCCGACCAGCAGGCGGCGGACGGUACGGUUACCGCGGGUAUCUCGGGAGCGAAGGCCAGCUUCAGCUUCACAGGUUCCGCCAUCGCCGUGCUUGGGGUUGCCUCAACCGUACAAGACUCAACGCCUCCUACUGUCCAGUUUGCGCUCGAUGGUGUGACAGUUCAAUCGACAACGGCCCCAAACAACGGCAGCAUUGACUUUUCCUUCCCAUACCUCGUUCUCGACUCCAUCAAGGGCGGGCAACACACACUCGAGAUGGCUGUGACUGACGCCACACAGGAGUACCCGUUCGCACUCGACUUGAUCCUGUACGCGGCUUCGAACGGAGCCACCCCGACGGCUUCGCAAUCCGUCGUAAAUACGUUCCUUCCCGCCGUCACUGUGACGGGGCAGCCUACGAGCGGUGCUUCGGGCAGCAAAAGCGCACCUGUGGGUCCCAUCGUCGGGGGCGUCAUAGGUGGCAUCGCAGUACUGGUCGGCGUCGGCGUCGCGAUCUGGUUGUUCUGUUUCCGGAAGAGGAAUCGCAACGGACAGGCCUAUUUCUACGCGACGUCUGCAAAGCCCGAUGAACUGUUAGAUGACGAAGAGGCGAAACCUACCCCAUACGAGAUUCCACCUCAAUCAGUAGCGCCCUCUUCGACCUUGGGUCCGGGAUCCGCAUAUAGUGCGGCACUUCCGCCUCAGUCUGCCUACACCGCGUCGUCCGCACACUCGGGACACUCAGGGCACCAUUCACAGCAGGCUCCAUACGCACCCUCUGAGGCACCCAUCAGCGAGUAUGGCGCUGGCAGCUCGUCUGUCUCAGGGCCAUCGCAUCCGCCGUCCUUGUUCGUCGUCACCAACCCAGAGCGGCAGACGAACAGCCCCAAUCAGCCUGGGAGAAGCAAGGCUGCCGAGGCCGGCCUGCUCUCCGUGCCGCAACAGGCAACGUAUCAUGCUGACUCAGGCGAGUACCCGUUCGCACUCGACUUGAUCCUGUACGCGGCUUCGAACGGAGCCACCCCGACGGCUUCGCAAUCCGUCGUAAAUACGUUCCUUCCCGCCGUCACUGUGACGGGGCAGCCUACGAGCGGUGCUUCGGGCAGCAAAAGCGCACCUGUGGGUCCCAUCGUCGGGGGCGUCAUAGGUGGCAUCGCAGUACUGGUCGGCGUCGGCGUCGCGAUCUGGUUGUUCUGUUUCCGGAAGAGGAAUCGCAACGGACAGGCCUAUUUCUACGCGACGUCUGCAAAGCCCGAUGAACUGUUAGAUGACGAAGAGGCGAAACCUACCCCAUACGAGAUUCCACCUCAAUCAGUAGCGCCCUCUUCGACCUUGGGUCCGGGAUCCGCAUAUAGUGCGGCACUUCCGCCUCAGUCUGCCUACACCGCGUCGUCCGCACACUCGGGACACUCAGGGCACCAUUCACAGCAGGCUCCAUACGCACCCUCUGAGGCACCCAUCAGCGAGUAUGGCGCUGGCAGCUCGUCUGUCUCAGGGCCAUCGCAUCCGCCGUCCUUGUUCGUCGUCACCAACCCAGAGCGGCAGACGAACAGCCCCAAUCAGCCUGGGAGAAGCAAGGCUGCCGAGGCCGGCCUGCUCUCCGUGCCGCAACAGGCAACGUAUCAUGCUGACUCAGGCGUCCGCUUCGAUGAAAACGGUCGGCCGCAGCCCGUUGCAGGCGGGUCUUCGUCGUCGAACGUCCUAGAUGCAAACGACAUCUCGGAUGUACCACCAGAUUCACAAGCGCGCGUCCGGUCCUUCACACCGCUACCGUCGUCGUUUGAACGACUGGCGGAGCUCUACCGACACCGGUGGGCUAGGAUGACCACCGUGAACGUGGACAGCGCAAACACGACGGCCAUCGAAUACGACUCGUAUGGGAGCUCGCAAUGGACAUUGGUACAAACGUCGAACAACGGUGCGAUUUUCGCGCAGACUCUGACGAAGGUGGAAGGUUCGGGCGGAGCGGUCUAUCGAUUCCAUGGCACGAGUGUACAGGUAUAUGGCUCGAUCGCAGUGCCGACGGUCUCUGGCGCAACAGUCGUCUCGCUGUACGCAUUGGACGGAGGGAACGUGACCCCGUUCUCUUCAACCCAGGUUCCGGACACACGGGUCAACGAGGCGGACGGGCAGCUUUUCUUCGACUCCGGGACCCUGGCCGAUAGUGCCCAUGUCCUGGUCAUCAACGUCACAAUCGCGAGCUCGGCUGCGCCGUACUUGCUUGACUACAUCAAGGUUGUCGAGACGACACCGCCUGCGUCGUCCAUCUCUACUACGGCGACGACCUCUGGGACUUCCAGUCCGACGUCUGCGCCGAGCGCAGGCUCUUCUAAGAGUAACGUCGGACCUAUCGUGGGUGGAGUGGUAGGAGGUGUAGGGGGCCUCUUGCUGGUGACGGCCGCCAUAUUCCUCUAUGUCCGCUACUUCAGACAUCGUGCGACGCUUGGUCGCAGGCGGAAAGGCGGAAAAGAUCUCGUCGACGACCUCGUGGACGAACCCAAAACGGACAUGGACUCCUCAGCACCUUUCAUGUCUGGCGACCUCUGGCGCUCCACGAGCCCCCUCCAGGUCCCUCCAAACGCGCCAUACGCAGAAUCCACUCUCGCCCCAUCCGACUCUGCCUCCCAAGUCGCCGGGCGCUUAUAUGCCGCUGAGCUAGCCGCUCAACAGCGUCUCGGGCAACCCAUCCGUACGGGCCCGUCCUCUCAAACAGGGCCCGCUUCGGGUUCUCAGCCCGGGCCCGACACUGGCUCUGGGUUCGAUCCCUCUUCUGCGGGGGUGGCUAGGUUGAGGCCGGACCGGAAAGGGCCUGCGCCGCCUCCAGUGCUCGAGGAGCCUGAAGAGGAAGCCGUGCAGCACCAGGACUCGGGGAUCCGGUUCCGGGAUGGCGAGCUGCUCGCGCCUGAGUUUACGGAGGCGCACGGGGCCCCUAGGCCAUAUGGGGGAGAAGGCGAGGUGGAGCGGCCACCUGAGUACGACGACGCACGGUCAUGAACGGCGGAUCGCUCGCCAUUGUCCAGGGAUGGACAGUCGGGCGCAGCGAGUUGGUAACUCUAGUACGGGCGGAUGCGGCGGUUAUGAUGGCGGCGGUUGCGUUCACGUUCGAAGGUCUCGAUUGCGGCUGAAUGGCUGUUCGGUCGGGGGCGUUCCUCGGACUGGGCAGGAGCCUAGUCAUGUCGUGUGUCGACCUACUCUCUUUGGCAUCCUCGUUAGCAUUCUUUCAAGAUACCUUAUGCAUUGAUGUAAUUGUUCACUCACGUACUAUGUAUAGCGGUCCCGGACGGGCGCGAACGGCGGUGUCACGCCCUUGCCGAGAGUGUGCUCUUCUUAUUCAAGUUCCGGAGUGCACGAGGUCCUCCUGGGCUAGCUGUGACAUACCCAUUUCCUCGUCAUGUCCUACGAGCCUAGACCAGAAUUGCUCAAU